AGUGUGAUAUUUUCACUGUCCGCUGGCCGAUGCCAAAGGGGUUGGGGAGGAAGAGACAAAAAGUAGUUUCCCCCCCUCCUUCUUCCCCUCUCCUCUUUUCUCUCGCUAAUCCCGCCUCCUCCUCCGAGUUAGGAAGACUCGUUGAUGCGUUUAGGUUGUAGGAAGGCUUUUUCGUUUUUUGUUUUUUUUAAUACCCAGAAGAGGAAAAACAGCCCUCGGAUCUGAUUUUUCUCUCCUCGUUCUUGUCCUUGGUUCUUAUACUGUGUUUGUGUAUUUUAACGGCGAGAAGACGAGGGGAACAAAACCCGCCGGAUCAAGCCAUCACUGUGGGUGGUUUUAAUUUUUCGUUUUUCUCAUAAUUUUUUUUUAAAACAACCACUCUUCACAAUGAACAAACUGUAUAUCGGAAACCUCAGCGAGAACGCCGUGCCCUCGGACCUGGAAAGUAUCUUCAAGGACGCCAAGAUCCCGGUGUCUGGACCCUUCCUGGUGAAGACUGGCUACGCGUUCGUGGACUGUCCGGACGAGAGCUGGGCCCUCAAGGCCAUCGAGGCGCUUUCAGGUAAAGUAGAACUGCACGGGAAACUCCUAGAAGUUGAGCACUCGGUCCCCAAAAGGCAAAGGAUUCGGAAACUUCAGAUACGAAAUAUCCCGCCUCACUUACAGUGGGAGGUGCUGGAUAGUUUACUAGUCCAGUAUGGAGUGGUGGAAAGCUGUGAGCAAGUGAACACUGACUCGGAAACUGCAGUCGUAAAUGUAACCUAUUCCAGUAAGGACCAAGCUAGACAAGCGUUAGACAAACUGAAUGGAUUCCAGCUGGAGAACUUCACCUUGAAAGUGGCCUAUAUCCCUGACGAAAUGGCAGCCCAGCAGAACCCCUCGCAGCAGCCCCGCGGUCGCCGUGGGUUUGGGCAGAGAGGCUCGUCGAGACAGGGCUCUCCGGGGUCAGUGUCCAAGCAGAAACCCUGUGACUUGCCUCUGCGCCUGCUGGUCCCCACCCAGUUCGUUGGAGCCAUUAUAGGAAAAGAAGGCGCCACCAUUCGGAACAUCACCAAACAGACCCAAUCCAAAAUCGAUGUCCAUCGCAAAGAGAACGCAGGUGCUGCUGAGAAGUCCAUUACUAUCCUUUCUACCCCUGAAGGCACCUCUGCGGCCUGUAAGUCUAUUCUGGAGAUUAUGCAUAAAGAAGCUCAAGACAUAAAAUUCACAGAAGAGAUUCCCUUGAAGAUUUUAGCCCAUAAUAACUUUGUAGGCCGUCUUAUUGGUAAGGAAGGAAGAAAUCUUAAAAAAAUUGAGCAGGACACAGACACUAAAAUCACGAUAUCUCCCCUGCAGGAACUGACGCUGUAUAACCCGGAGCGCACCAUCACAGUGAAAGGCAGCGUGGAGACCUGUGCCAAAGCUGAGGAAGAGAUAAUGAAGAAAAUCAGGGAGUCUUAUGAAAACGAUAUUGCUUCUAUGAAUCUUCAAGCACAUUUAAUUCCUGGAUUAAAUCUGAAUGCCUUGGGUCUGUUCCCACCCACUUCAGGGAUGCCACCUCCCACCUCAGGGCCCCCUUCAGCCAUGACGCCUCCUUACCCACAGUUUGAGCAGUCAGAAACAGAGACUGUUCAUCUGUUUAUCCCAGCCUUGUCUGUCGGUGCCAUUAUCGGCAAGCAGGGCCAGCACAUCAAACAGCUUUCUCGUUUUGCAGGAGCUUCUAUUAAGAUCGCUCCAGCUGAAGCACCAGAUGCGAAAGUGAGGAUGGUGAUUAUCACCGGGCCACCGGAGGCCCAGUUCAAGGCUCAAGGAAGAAUUUAUGGAAAAAUUAAAGAAGAAAACUUUGUUAGUCCUAAAGAAGAGGUGAAACUUGAAGCUCAUAUCAGAGUGCCAUCCUUUGCUGCUGGCAGAGUUAUUGGAAAAGGAGGCAAAACGGUGAAUGAGCUCCAGAAUUUGUCUAGUGCAGAAGUUGUUGUCCCUCGUGACCAGACACCUGAUGAGAAUGAUCAAGUGGUGGUCAAAAUAACUGGUCACUUCUAUGCUUGCCAGGUUGCCCAGAGAAAAAUUCAGGAAAUUCUCACUCAGGUAAAGCAGCACCAACAGCAGAAAGCUCUGCAAAGUGGACCACCUCAGUCAAGGCGGAAGUAAAGGCUCAGGAAACAGCCCACCACAGAGGCAGAUGCCAAACCAAAGACAGAUUGCUUAACCAACAGACGGGCGGCUGAACCCCUAUCCAGAAUCACAUGCACAAGUUUUUACCUAGCCAGUUGUUUUUGAGGACCAGGCAACUUUUGAACUCCUGUCUCUGUGAGAAUGUAUACUUUAUGCUCUCUGAAAUGUAUGACACCCAGCUUUAAAAAGGAAAAAAA